UAGUGCAGGUCAGCAUAAUUAACAUAUCUCAGCCUUAUUCGAACUUCCUCUGCCUAUCACGGUUGAAAAUCCACAGAAAGGCCACCGACCGCAAACCAAAGAAAACCAAACCAUGAAGAAGAGUCUUUUCUUCUUGUUUGGGUUUCAAGAGUUUCCUUUUCUUGCCCCCAUGCAGUUUUCAUAUCAAAGCAAACCACAAGACACAUACCUUUCUUCCUGGGUUUGAGGUGCAUAUUGGCCAAGGGGAAGAAAACCCACCCCACCUCAAAUUCAUCUCCAUAUGCUUCUCCUGUAGAUUUUCCUCUGAAAAUGGUCCAAAGGAAGGUAACCAACAAGCUUGGAAUCCAAGCUGAUCAUGUUAAAUCCGAAAAGCUGUUGGCAAACCUUAAACCAUCUUUUCAAAACCAGGAUGGCAAAAACAGAGUAGCUGAUUUGAAGAGGAAGAUGAAGAAGACAAGAUCAAUCAAGCUUUCAGAUAUUGAGAGUUUGAGACCAUCACCUAUGAGAAGGAACGUAUCACAGCCGGGAAAGCCGCCUCCUCUUGGUGUUCCAGCCACUGCAGCCAUCCCACAGAAGCAGCAGCCUCUAAUCAAAGCAUCUGAUGUUUCACCAAAUUACAUGAAGUCCACAAGCUGUUUUGAAGCAAGAAAGGAGCAGUCUCAGGUGAGUCUUGGGAAUACCCAAACUGGUUCCGAAAGCAAGAAUAUCAGUAGAAGAAGUUCUAGCAGUUCAAAACCAAGCUCUGCUUCUGGUAAUAAAGGAGCAAGAGCUUUAACAAGGACGUCUAGUUUGAAGCUUGUGAGGACUUUAACAAAGACCCCCAGUUUCAAGCCAGUUAGAGCUUCGGCUAAAAAGUCUUCCAGGGUUGUUCUUUGUGAAGAUACGAAGGCACAGAGAGCAACCUGUGCUUCAACUCUGAAGGACUCAAAGUUUCCAGCAUACCUUAUGCUUAGUCCAGGGGCAACUGAAUCUGAAGGAACUUCAGUCAUGAAAGUAUGCCCCUACACGUACUGUUCUCUUAACGGUCAUCGCCACUCUCCUCUGCCCCCAUUGAAGUGCUUCUUGUCCGCAAAGAGACGCUUGUUGAAGACCCAGAAAAGUAUGAAAACGGAAGCUCUAAGCCCACAAAGACCGAAGCUGUCUAGUGAAGGAACAGAAAAGAUUGAUACUCCUAAGUUGAUCUUUGAGGACAAGCCUACGCAUAAAGAAGAUGAUUUUGGUAACUUGGCCACGCUUCCUUUCGCAGAAGAUGGGAGCGUAGAUUAUUUCAUAGAAAUAUAUGCCAAAAUAAAGAACGAGGACACUGUUGCUGGAGAUAUUGAGGAGCAGAAUGAUAUCAUGUCUAUAAAUGAUUGGGGAGAUGCAGCAGGGUCAGUGUACAGGGACGAACAAGAAGUGAUAGGGAGCAUCUCUGAUGGAUCGCCUGAAAUUGAGGUUGAUUUUGAAGUAAAGAUUGAACAACAUGGUGAUACUACAUCCAGAGAAAUGGAUAGGACAGAGAGCUUUCCUGAAUUCUGCACUGAUAGCGACUUUGAAGGUGAAUGGGCUGGUUCUGAAGUUACUGAUAUGGAAUGGGAGAAGGGGCAUCUUACUCCACCCUCAGAGCAAGAUAGUGAAGCUGAUUAUUCAAUAAAGAUCGAUGCCGAAUCAGACCUAAAUGUUGGUUGUUCAAUUGACCAGAAUCCGGAUUUUCAUAAUGAGUAUGUGAUCAUAUCAGAUGACAACGUUAGUAGCUGCAACAAAGUGAUUCUGGCCGACGUACCACGAGAGCUGUUUGCAGAGGAGGAAAGCGCAUGCUCUGAGCCGCAAUAUGAUGAGGGGGAUUCUGAAGUAGAUAGUCAGAGUCAGAGCUUAGAGAUUCAUGAACAUAGCCUAGCCUUCGAGAAAAAAAAAAUGCAACCAAAUGUCUUCAAUGAAAAUGCAUUUGAGGAAUCAAAAACUGCUGAAGAUGAAAAUGGACAGUCGGAGAAAAAGUUAAUCAGCACCGAGACCCCUUCAUUUGUGGAACCAAGCGCAAAUAGCGAGGACAGCUACGAGAAGAACGGAGUUGAAGCCGAGAACCUGAUUCCUGAAACUAAUCCUCAACUUGGAGAUGAUGAAACUAAUUGCACCAGCAAAGCAACGGAUGAAGCUUCAAAUUAUGAGCAGAUGCAUACAACUCUCCAAGAUGCCGGAGAUGGAAUCGAACAGACAGAGCAAGAAGAUGAUGCCAUUAUAAUGGUUGAAGAGACUCAAACUAAUGUGUCAGAUGGGCUCUCUAAUAGCUCCAGUGUUGUUGAGGACCAGAACUUGGAGAAAGGCCAAAGGGAAGCAAAGAGUUCCAAAAUCUCUAGUUCCAUGGAUGAUGAGAGGCAAAGCAAUCCAAGGCUGAAGAAAUCGAAUUCAGCUGAAGAGUGCGUAGAAGAAGUUGAAAAAAUGGAAGUGGAAGACAAAAGCGAGUUAGAGGCCGCAGAUGCAUCGAAAAUCGAUGGUAUAACCAGUCCAGAAACGAAGACAACAUACUUGCCCUCUGGGAGCAAUUCCACCCAAGAAUUUCCCAACUCUUGCAAGAGCAAAUGGACAACUAGAUGCAAGAGGCGAGUCAACGAUGAGGAGGAAUUGAGGAAAUUCAACCCACGAGAACCAAACUAUCUGCCUAUAGUUCCCGAUCCAGAAGCAGAAAAGGUUGAUCUGAAGCAUCAAAUGGAGGAUGAAAGGAGAAAUGCAGAGGAGUGGAUGCUAGAUUACCACCUUCAACAGGCUGUUACCAAACUCGCUCCGGCUAGGAAGAGGAAGGUCGCACUACUUGUUGAAGCUUUUGAAACAGUCAUGCCGACAUCCAAAUACGAAACCCGCUUGAGGAAUACAGCAGCCUUUGCUCAUGCAAGACCCAUGCAAGCUUGUAGCUAACAGGGCAUCUGAGGUGAUAACGAAGAGAAAUUAGUCAGUGAAGUAAGUUCAGAAUUAAGGAAAAAGCAUCCUGAUGAACAGAUGUUCAGCUGGAGACUGAAUUAGACUGUUGUUGUUGUUGAACUUAGCGACUGAAAGUUUAGUUUCUUCUUCGAUAAUAUUAUGUGAUGACAGUACUAUAGAUUAUUGUGUUUAAUUUUUCUAUAAUCCUUUGGUUGUCUCUGGGGGCACUGUUUCCUCCAGAUAUGUUCUAGUUGCUUGUCUGAUAUUGUUUACUAAUAAUUUUGAGUCUA